CCAUUUUCUAUUUGAACUCCUCUCUCCCUCCCCCCUUCUUCUUCUUCAUCCUCUGGGAGUUGCAGAAAUUUCUCCUCUUUCCUCUCACCCCCCUCUGGAUCAAAUUCAUAUUUUUUUUCCUCCAAUUUUUCUUUAAUUUUUUUAUUAAAAUUUUCAUUUCUUGGUUUGAAUGAUUCCGCUUUUUUUAAUCCGGGUUGAUUCAUUCCGGGGUGCAAUUCAUCAAAAUUGAUUUGUUUUUGUUCGAUAACUAGGGUUUGAUAGAACCUAAUGUUUGGAUUUUUCCACGUUCUUAAGAAAUAUCGUUACUUCGAAUUCGAUUGAGCUGGUUUCGAUCCCAGGAAAAUCCCGAAUCUCAGUUCCUUUUCCCCAAUUUUUUUUGUUCGUCUGUGAUCAGAGAUUUGAAGAUAUUUAUAAACAAAAAAUAAUUUAAAAUUUUUUAGUUUUCGAUUUUGUAUGAUUAAGGCGUUUUGGUGUGUGAAUUCGCCGGGGAGAUUUGAAUUGAGGGCGAAAAUCGGAGAGGGGGAGAGAUUUUUUUUAUGGUGCCGGCGUUGGUUGCGAUGGACUGUGAGGUGUGCGCCUUGCCGGGGGACCUGUGGUUGAGGCCGUCCGGCCGCGGCGGAGCAAGCGGCGGCGAUGGGUUCAGCCACGAGAGCGAGACUGAUUUGGCCGCGAUGGUGAGAGAUUUUCUGGAAAAUGGAAGCAUCGGCGCCGCCGAUUCCCGGAGUAGCAGCGAUAGCGAUUCCACUUUCUCCGAUCUUGCCCACCUUGCCGACAAAUUGUCGUAUAUCAAGAAGUCGGUGGACCAAUACGAGAGCAAACUUCUCUCUGUGGUGGUUUCGCUAUUGUUGACAUCGAUGAAGGACGCUGACCUCCACGCCGUCAAGUCAGGCCCGUGCAAUUCGAGCUGUAUCAAAUACUCUCUUGUGAAGCUCUUGAGGCUUUUGGGCUAUGAUUCUGGUGUCUGUUCUUCCAAGUGGGUUGGCAAUGGCAAGGUUCCUGCAGGGGACCACGAAUACAUAGACGUGAUCACGCACGACGACUCCGGAGGCUGCGAGCGUGUGAUCAUCGACAUCGACUUCCGGAGCCACUUUGAAAUCGCGAGAGCCGUCCGAUCAUACGACCGGAUCCUCAACUCCCUCCCAAUCAUCUACGUCGGAUCCAUCCCGAGGCUCAAACAGUUCCUCGAAGUCAUGGUGGAAGCUGCCAAAUCCUCUCUCAAACAGAGCUCAAUGCCCAUCCCUCCGUGGCGGUCGUACCCCUACCUUCUGGCGAAGUGGGGUUCGUCUCCGUAUCAAAGAAGAUUCGUUCCCGAAGAUGCCCCCAACCCGACCCGAACGCCAGAGGUUCAUUGCCAUGUCCAGUGCCAGUUGCAUUUGAAACAGGUGAGGUCUUCCCUCCAGUCUGAGAUCGAAUCGAAACGCUUGUUCAGGCCGAUGAACGGCGAUAAGAGGACUCGAAAGAAGUGAAUGGGAAACUGGGGUUGGGACAGUCUUGUGCCACGAAAAACAACAGUUUUGGCUUCUGGUUUUGGGACUUUUUCCCCCCUAGUCCCAUGUCAGAAUGAGUUUUUUUUUUGUUUCCGUUUUAAAACUGUGAUUUUACACACUUUGUUUAUCCUUCAAAUGUCUCUUUGGAGUUUAUACUUUAUAUACUGUAAUUUUGGUGUAUUUUUGGAGUGCCACUCAUCAUUGCUUUAUUACAAUUUACAAGAGUUCAAAAAAGAAUAGUCGCUGAA